AUGGCCAGGAGAGAAAAGGCUCAUCUGGAAGGGGAACUUUCGGCAGUUAAGACGAAUGCAGAGGAGAAACUCGAGCAAGAACAUGUUAAGGGCGAUGAGGCUAUACGAUCGUUAGAAGAGAGAGUGCGGAGAAUGCUGAAGAGGAAGGACGAAGUGAUAGAGGAACUCAAAAUGAAAGUGUCGAAGGGCGAAGCAUUAGCUGAAGAGCUCGAAGGGAUCGUCUCACGACAACGAGAGGAGAUACGAUCAUUGACGAUAUCGGGCAUGGGUCCGAGACUGUCUCGUAAAGUGAAACCAUUACAUGUGCCUAAGUGA